AUGCGAGUCCGAAGGAGCAUGAACUUGCUUACGACAGUCAACACUCGGCAUAAGAUCGGCAAGGAGUUGCAAGGUCUCAAGAGACGUGUCAUGGAGGUGAGCGAGAGGCGCAUGAGGUACAAGGUUGACAGCACAGUCUCAAAGCCAAACAACACAGCCAUAGACAUACGCCUGUUGGCGCUCUUUGCGGGCACGGCGGACCUCGUGGGCAUCAAUGAACUGAGGGACGAACUGAUUAAGGUGAUGCUGGAUGGAGAUCUUGGUAAGACUACACUUGCCACAGACGGCGUUUGUGCUCAGCAGCUGAAGGUGCUCUCUGUUGUGGGGUUUGGAGGCCUUGGUAAGACUACACUUGCAAAUCAGAUUUAUCGCAAACUGGAGGGGCAGUUCCAGUGCCGAGCUUUUGUUUUUGUGUCCCAAAAACCUAACAUAAGGAAGAUUCUUAGAAACAUACUCUCUCAAGCUGGUUAUGUGGCUCUGGAUCAAACUAAUGUGGAAUCAUGGGAUGAGGAUCAGCUGAUCAGGACACUUCGAAGAUUUCUUGCAGAGAAGAGAAAAACAAGGCAACUUCAGCUACCAUUUAUUCAAUUCUAA